GGCAGCCUGGGCGUGGAAAGUGGAGGGAAAGAAGAAAGGGGGAGCCUGGGGCUGGUGUGCGCGCGUGGGAGCGCGCCUCGGAGCGCCCCGCACUACCCGCUCCCGCCCUGGGGGGCACUUCGUUAGGAGGGAGUGGUAGCCACGGGAAUCAGAGGGAGCGAGAGAAACCCUGUCAAAGUGACGCCCCAAACAGGUCCGGAUCGCGAAUUCGAAGCUACAGGCUGCUGCUAGAAAUUGGGACUCCUCUUCCUCCUCCGCACCCCCCACCUCCGCCCCGGCCCCGAAGCCCCAGCGGUUUGCGAGCUGCCGGCUUUCCCGCCCCCGACUCGGAGGUCGGGAGCAGGAGGCCCCGGGUCAGCCGCGGCUUCCUCCCAGAAACCCGCCAGCGCGCUUGCGGCCGCUGCCCCCGGCGCAGGGACAGGCGCCCCCCUCGCGGUGCCCGUGGUGAUGCCAUGCCCCGCCACCACGCGGGAGGAGAGGAGGGCGGCGCCGCCGGGCUCUGGGUGAAGAGCGGCGCGGCGGCGGCGGCGGGCGGGGGGCGCCCCGGCGGCGGCAUGAAGGAUGUGGAGUCCGGCCGGGGCAGGGUGCUGCUGAACUCGGCGGCCGCCAGGGGCGACGGCCUGCUGCUGCUGGGCACCCGCGCGGCCGCGCUCGGCGGCGGCGGCGGCGGCCUGAGGGAGAGCCGCCGGGGCAAGCAGGGGGCCCGGAUGAGCCUGCUGGGGAAACCGCUCUCGUACACCAGUAGCCAGAGCUGCCGGCGCAACGUCAAGUACCGGAGGGUGCAGAACUACCUGUACAACGUGCUGGAGAGGCCCCGCGGCUGGGCGUUCAUUUACCACGCGUUCGUCUUUCUCCUUGUAUUUGGUUGCUUGAUUUUGUCGGUGUUUUCCACCAUCCCUGAGCACACAAAAUUGGCCUCCAGUUGCCUCUUGAUUCUGGAGUUCGUGAUGAUUGUCGUCUUUGGUUUGGAGUUCAUCAUCCGAAUCUGGUCUGCAGGUUGCUGUUGUCGGUACAGAGGAUGGCAAGGAAGACUGAGGUUUGCCCGAAAGCCCUUUUGUGUUAUAGAUACCAUUGUUCUUAUCGCUUCAAUAGCAGUUGUUUCUGCAAAAACUCAGGGAAAUAUUUUUGCCACGUCCGCACUGAGAAGUCUCCGUUUCCUACAGAUCCUCCGUAUGGUGCGCAUGGACCGCCGGGGAGGCACUUGGAAAUUACUAGGUUCAGUGGUUUAUGCUCACAGCAAGGAAUUAAUCACGGCUUGGUACAUAGGAUUUUUGGUUCUUAUUUUUUCAUCAUUCCUUGUCUAUCUGGUGGAAAAAGACGCCAACAAAGAGUUUUCCACAUAUGCAGAUGCUCUGUGGUGGGGCACGAUUACAUUGACAACGAUUGGCUAUGGAGACAAAACUCCCCUAACUUGGCUGGGAAGAUUACUUUCUGCAGGCUUUGCGCUCCUUGGCAUUUCUUUCUUUGCACUUCCUGCCGGCAUUCUUGGCUCAGGUUUUGCAUUAAAAGUACAAGAACAGCACCGCCAGAAACACUUUGAGAAAAGAAGGAAUCCAGCUGCCAACCUCAUUCAGUGCGUUUGGCGCAGCUAUGCCGCUGACGAGAAGUCUGUUUCCAUUGCAACCUGGAAGCCACACUUGAAGGCCUUGCACACCUGCAGCCCGACCAAGAAAGAACAAGGGGAAACAACAAGCAGUGAGUUCUGUAGUAGUAAGCAGAAGCUCUUCAGAAUGCACACCACACGGAAGCAGAGUCAGAAGCUAAGUUUUAAGGAGCGGGUGCGCAUGGCCAGCCCAAGAGGCCAGAGUAUUAAGAGCAGACAAGCCUCAGUAGGUGACAGGAGGUCCCCGAGCACUGACAUCACAGCUGAGGGCAGCCCCACCAAAGUGCAGAAGAGCUGGAGCUUCAACGACCGCACCCGCUUCCGGCCCUCACUGCGCCUCAAAAGUUCUCAGCCAAAACCGAUGAUAGACGCUGACACGGCCCUCGGCACUGAUGAUGUGUACGACGAUAAGGGAUGCCAGUGUGAUGUAUCCGUAGAAGACCUCACCCCACCACUUAAAACUGUCAUUCGAGCUAUCAGAAUUAUGAAAUUUCAUGUUGCAAAGCGAAAGUUUAAAGAAACGUUACGCCCAUAUGAUGUAAAAGAUGUCAUUGAACAGUAUUCUGCUGGUCACCUGGACAUGCUGUGUAGAAUUAAGAGCCUUCAAACACGUGUCGAUCAGAUUCUUGGAAAAGGGCAAAUCACAUCGGAUAAGAAGAGCCGAGAGAAAAUAACAGCAGAACAUGAGACCACAGAUGACCUCAGUAUGCUCGGCAGAGUGGUCAAGGUUGAGAAGCAGGUGCAGUCCAUUGAGUCCAAGCUGGACUGCCUCCUGGACAUAUAUCAGCAAGUCCUCCGGAAAGGCUCCGCCUCAGCCCUCACUUUGGCCUCAUUCCAGAUCCCACCUUUUGAAUGUGAACAGACAUCUGACUAUCAAAGCCCUGUGGACGGCAAAGACCUGUCUAGUUCCGCACAGAACAGUGGCUGCUUAACCAGAUCAGCUAGUGCCAACAUCUCCCGAGGCCUGCAGUUCAUUCUGACGCCAAAUGAGUUCAGUGCUCAGACUUUCUAUGCGCUUAGCCCUACUAUGCACAGUCAAGCAACACAGGUGCCACUGAGUCAAAGUGAUGUCUCCUCAGUGGCGGCCACCAACAACAUUGCAAACCAAAUAAAUGCGGCACCUAAGCCAGUAGCCCCAACAACUUUACAGAUCCCGCCUCCUCUCCCAGCCAUCAAGCACCUGCCCCGGCCAGAGACUCUGCACCCAAACCCCACGGGCUUACCAGAAAGCAUUCCUGAUGUCACCACCUGCCUUGUUGCCUCCAAGGAAAGUGUUCAGGUUGCACAGUCCAAUCUGACCAAGGACCGUUCUCUGCGGAAGAGCUUUGACAUGGGAGGAGAAACUUUGUUGUCUGUCCACCCGGUGGCGCCCAAGGACUUGGGCAAAUCUCUGUCUGUACAAAACCUGAUCAGGUCGACAGAGGAACUGAAUAUACAGCUUUCAGGGAGUGAGUCAAGUGGCUCCAGAGGCAGCCAAGAUUUUUACCCCAAAUGGAGGGAAUCCAAAUUGUUUAUAACUGAUGAAGAGGUGGGUUCAGAAGAAAUGGAGACAGACACUUUUGAUGCCGCACCGCAGCCUGCCAGGGAAACUGCUUUUGCAUCAGACUCUCUAAGGACUGGAAGAUCUCGAUCAUCUCAGAGCAUUUGUAAGGCAGGAGAAAGUACAGAUGCCCUUAGCUUGCCUCAUGUCAAACUGAAAUAAGUUCCUCAUUUUCUUUCUAGGCAUAGCGGUUUCUUUAGCCAUACAUAUCAUUGCAUGAACUAUUCUGAAAGCCCUUCAAAAGUUGAAUUUGCAAGAAUCAGGAAGAACAUGAAAGGCAAUUUAUAAGCCCAUUAUCUUUUAAUUGCAUGAAAAUGCAUGUUUAGGAAUGGCUGAAAUUCCAAGGUACAGCAACAUUAACCCACUCAUUUAGUAAUGUACCUUGAGUAAAAAAUCCUGAGAAACCAAAUACAGCUAAUGCUGUGGAGUGUAUGAAAAUUAGGUCAUUUAGAAGAUUUGACCCUGUAUUUUUGGAGUUAUGGGAGUAAACACCUUCAAAUUUCAGCCAUGUCUGCUUUGCGAUUAAAUAUAAAAUACAUUUCCAAAAUUAGGCCGUAAUGUAUAUUUAAACACAAUGGCUCUCAUCAACAGCUGCUAACAAGGUACCAAGUAAAGCAGAAUUUGGGGAUAGUAGAAAUGGCUGCUUAUUUCAAGAUAUAUUUGCCAACUCAUUCCUAUUCAGUCAUGUUAUUAUUAAUGUAAUUUGAAUGUCAAUAUGUGUGCUUUUGGUGAUUUAACGCUGUAGCAAGCAAUGUUGCACAUCAUUUUUAUGUUGUUCUUAUUGAGAGAAUGUUCUUCAAGUAGAAAAUGUGCAAAUCCUGACAUUCAGGGCCAGCGAGGCAACUAUACUGACUCUUUGACACAUUUAACUGUAUGAAAAUAUAUUCUCUAAUAGCUGGAUCAACUUUAUAAGUGGUCAGCUUCUGCAUAAGCAAAUGGAAUAUUGAUCAGUAGAACAGCCAGUGUGACUGGGCUGACUUCUCUCCACAGAGGCACCAGCGGGGGCUUGCCAAUACUGCCCACAGAAAGGAGAAGCGAGAGAAGCUGUUUCCACUAAGUUGAUGCACAGGCAGGAUCCCAGGGGAUGAGACAUGUGAGUGAGACUGAGAUGGGAAAGGCCUGAGAAGAAGCCAGACACAACACAGGGAAUUAAGUGAAGUUCGAGAAAAUGACUUCCCCUCGAAGGGCAGUGAGAGGGAGAGAAAUAAACCAAAAUCAGAGAACUCGAUUUUCUUAGGAAAUGAGUACUGCUAAAGAAUUCAACUACCUAAACAUCUUAUUCUUAUAUAGAAACAGAGAAUUUUGCAAGGUAUUUAUUUUUUAAUAUGCCCUGAAUGUUCUUUGCUAUUAUGUAGUACAUUUUGCAUAAGAAAGGGUAAAACUAAACCUCCUUUACUUUUUAUACUGUAGUGAACAUUUUCUAUUCGCCCCAAGAAUGUUGUUGCUCCAAAUCUGAAAUGGUUGGUUCGGUUUCCUGGAAUAAACAUUUAUAGUUAGAAGCCAGGUGACACUGGCAGAAUCUGCAAAUAUAAACACUUCAUCAUGUAACAUGACAGCCCAAAGCCCAAGAGAAACAAAAUUAAAAAUGUAUUUACCAGAAAGCAAGCAAUGCUGACUGCUCGUUAGAAACCAGUCUAGUGAUCUCGGACCAGCAGAACUUCAGCCAAGGCAAUGGCCUUCAAAAGGCAAAGAGAAGCGAGAUAGUGCUUCAAUUCAGUUCAAUUCUAGCCACAGAAGGACUUUUAAAAAUCUUCCCCUCCCCAACCCCACAGAUAGUACUGCCUCCAGAAAUACUUCUUUAGCACCCAGAAGAAUGAGCAGGGUUAUCAACUGGAUGCCCAAAAGCAAGAGGGGGCCCUGAAAUCCGCCAGUCCUUCCCAGUUCUUUCUCACAACUGGCUUUCUCCACCCCUUACUCUCUCCUCACUUUUCUUCUCCAUUAACUGCUUGUGGAUUCCCUGCCAGUAUUUUGCUUCUGAACAUAACCAGGCCCUAACCAGCCUCCAUCCACAAGUAAACUGCUUCUCCGCUCUACCCAAAAUGUGCUUCUCAACCUUUGAAAAUCCUUGUCCCUUUUGAUAGACACUGAAAUUUGGAAAGCUUCCUCUUCUCACCCACCCCUGACUUCUAGCACACUCCCCCUGGAGAGCAUCCCUCAGAAACUUUGCUGCUGGUGACACAGAAGAUAGAGUCUAAUUUUACAUUCCAGUUGAAAAGAUUUUAUCAAGCUUUCAAAGCAAUUAUUUUCAUUUUUGAAACACAGAAUCUUAGUAAAUUGUCGAAUGCAAUCUUUCACCUCCACUCAGCCUGACGUUGUGAUAGAGCCUCUGCAGAGGGUUACUCACGCACACGCACGCACACGAACACACACGCACACGCACACCCCUCAACUGACCUAAAGCUGGAGAGGUGCCUAUAUGCACUCGGAGCGAGAGGAUGGAGGCGGCAACUUUCAGGUAGCCCUGAUUCUUGGACACACUCUGUCCUGGGUCAAACCCCACUGGCAGCAGGAAUUCUGAAUGUAUUGGGGACCCCUCCCUGGGCCUCUUUAGGCCUCAAACACAACACGGUGCAUUCAGCAUUGCUGAAGAGAGAAGAUUCAGAAACAAAACCUGUGAACAUCACUGAGGUCUUAAUCAUUGCAAAUGUGAUAAACCACGUUGUGGAAAACCUUUGUACAUUGAAGCCAUGACCAUAUCGUGUCUACCUUACUCUAGCACACAAAAAAAUCUUGGAUGUUCAAAGAUAGUUGCAUUGUGUGACAAUCGUAGGGUUCCGUUUGUUGUGUUUCUCCCUGGGGAGGGCAGAGAGGUCUCCCACUUACAUCUAGCAAAGUCCCAUUGGUGGGUCCCAAAUGGUGUUUUGAAGCACAGUUUAGCUGAGCUCUGAGUAACCACCUACUUUCUCAGCACAAGUUCGUCUGCCUUCUUCAACACCCAGGGUUGAUCAAGGUGACACUUGGUGGCAAACUUCCCUUAUAUGAGGUUAACUAAAAAAUGUUCUGUGUCUGAUCUAAAUGUUUGCUUUGUGUUCAACUAAAUAUCGGCAGAUUACAAGUUUUCUUUAAAGUAAGACACUUUAUUGAGUUUUUAAGUCUUUAUCUCCUAUUCAAAGGUGCCUUUCUCUCCUCCUUUGACUCUGAUUCUGAAAGUUAUUAAUCUGCAGGUAAAACAGGUAAAAGGAGGAAACCAGGCACAAAGGGACUAAUUCUCAUGCCCAUUUGCAAAGCAAAACUGUACGGAAUAAUGACACAAGUAACUAAAUUAAUGGAUCACUUAAGAAAACAUCAUAAAUAUUACCUUAUCUCCCCAGAAGCUGAUUUUCUUUUGCCUUAAAAUGACUUGGUUGUGUUUUUGUAAGAGAAAUUUAACUUAAUAUAAUUACGUGCAUUUAAGUGAAUAGUUCAAAAAGUUAUGUAUGACAAUGCAAUUGUCUGUUUCCUGAAAACAAAUCAGGAAUAUCCAUUUCAAGCUACCAUUAAAAUGUAAUUUCCUUUGCUCUCUUUC